UAUAUUGGUUAGAGCAAGAAGGGGGUAGCUGCAUCCCAAUAUGGUGACCGGGGAAUGGACGAGUGGGUGUGUCGAAAGGAAAGUAGUGGGCGUGUGGAAAAGUGUGUGGAAAGCACACCCUGCGACUAUAGGUUAUGGUAAUUUCUAGACAACUGGGUCAGUGAUCUUCUUGUCGGAAAAUCGAAACUCUACAGAGUUCCCGAGUUGGAUGACCGUUCAAAAAGAUUUUUCCCAGUCAGAGCUCGUUUUUCCCCAGUUCCCAGUUGUCUUGAACGCACUGAAGUCGGAUAUUUCCGAGUUCACAGUUGUUUUGAAAGCUACAUAUAGUGUGUGAAUUUGUUGCUGGACUGGCAGACAACGUUCAGUCGGAACCGCGCAUACAUUUUUUAAUUCGGUGCGUUUCUGAGGACGAUUUCAGGAUAGGAGCGCUUGCGUUUAGUAUUUUUAGUUCUACAUAAGGAGAUAACUACAAGAUAAUAUUUUGGGAUUGUUUUGCGGUUGAAUCUUUUUGAAAAGCAUACAGAAUGAAGUCUAAAAAUACAGUAAUGGGAAAGUUCCUAUGUUAAUCACGAAGAAGAGGUGAUUACUGAUGAUUUCGGAUUUACGAAGUAGGAAUUCGUAUUUUUAGGAAAAUAUCCUGCAUAGGCUACGGGAGGAAUAAUAUUCUUUCUUCAUAUGAGUCGUCCCAUAUCCUCUGUCCCGAGUUUUAUUCAAAGUUGAAAAACCAAGAUGGCGGCGGAUUCCCUACAGGGAGACUCCAGGAGUCUGGGUGAGAACCUGGACCUGUCGGACACCGUGGUGCAGCAGAGGUUAGAGGAGCUCAAGGACCACAUCAAGAGGGAGAUCAGGAAGGAGUUGAAGAUUAAGGAAGGAGCUGAGAACCUGAAGAAGGUCACCACGGACAAGAAGAGCCUGGCCUACGUUGACAACCAGCUGAAGAAGAGCAACAGGAAGCUGGAGGAGCUGCACCAGGAGCUUCAGGAGCUCAACGCUCACAUCGUGGUCAAGGACCCAGAGAUCCUGCUAGUUCCCGGCUGCCCUCUGACCCCAGACACCCCCAGCAGUGAGUCAAGAAUGUGCAGUAGCAGACUGGGGGCUCUGAAGAAGCAGAACGACAUUGAGCUAAAAUGCAAACAAGGAGCUGAGAAUAUGAUUCAAAUGUAUUCCAAUGGAUCCUCCAAGGAUAAGAAGCUGCUUGCCACUGCUCAGCAGAUGCUGCAGGACAGCAAGACCAAGAUGGAGUUUAUCAGGAUGCAGAUCCUCAAAGCCAGCCAGACUGGUGAGACCAACUACGGCGAUAACGACGUCUCUGUGUCCAAGCCCAUCAUCAGUCCUCUGGACCUGAGACUAGAGGAGUUGCGACAUCACUCCAGGAUAGAACAUGCUGUAGCUGAUGGAGCCCAGAACGUCAUGAUCCUGCUGGGCUCUUCUGGGAAAGUUACGGAGAAGAAGGCCCACUCUGAGGCUCAAGCCCGGUUCAAUGAGUCCAAUCAGAAGUUGGACCUGCUGAAGUUAUCUCUGGAGCAGCGGCUGAGUGAGCUGCCUAAGAACCACCCUAAGAACCUUCUCAUCAUGGAGGAGCUGGCCAUGGUGGUGUCCCCGCCACUCAGCCCACGCCAUAGCGUUAUGUCUACAUACAACCAGUACAGCACGGUCACCAAGCCUGCUGCACUCACAGGUACGUUGGAGGUGCGUCUGAUGGGCUGUCAGGACCUGCUGGAGGACGUCCCAGGUCGCUGUAAGACCCUCUCAGCCUCCCACCCCGGCUGGAGCCCCAGUGAACAGCGAUCCUCUUUCAUGUCCAGAAGCAACAAGAACAAAGGAGCCAGCUCACGCAACCUCUCCAAGACCGACGACCUGUCCAAUGAGAUCAGUGCUGUGCUGAAGUUGGACAACACUGAAGUGGGACAGACCAGCUGGAAACCAGUCAGCAACCAGUCCUGGGACCAGAAGUUUACAUUGGAACUAGACAGGUCUCGUGAGCUGGAGAUCUCAGUCUACUGGAGGGACUGGAGAUCACUGUGUGCCGUCAAGUUCCUACGCCUGGAAGACUUCCUGGACAACCAACGACAUGGCAUGUGCCUCUACCUGGAGCCUCAGGGGAAACUGUUUGCUGAGGUUACAUUUUUCAACCCAGUUAUUGAGCGGAGGUCAAAACUUCAAAGGCAAAAAAAGAUAUUCUCCAAACAACAAGGGAAGACGUUCCUGCGUGCCCCUCAGAUGAACAUAAACAUCGCUACGUGGGGUCGGCUGGUGAGGAGAGCCAUCCCCUCUGUCAACAACUCCUUCAGUCCAGCUCAGCUGCCAGACAUGGGGACAGAGCUAGGUCCUGAGUCCCAGUCCAUCCUGCACCUGGCCUCCCCCAGUGACCUGAUUGUGACCAAACUGGAGUUUGGCAAAGAGCCCCCACUUCCCCUGAAGCGCCACACUGUGACUUCUAUUGGAGAGCCCAUUCUGGAGAGCAGUAUUGCAGACGGAGAGAAAGUACAGGAAGCCAUGUCUACAUUUGACUUCCUGAAUGAGAGCAGGAACAGUAUGUUGAAGUGUAACCUAGACGACAGUGUUAUUGUAGAGCAGCCCAAUGAGAGGUUACCUGUCCAACACACCACGGAUACCAGGGAGAAGGAAGACUUCCAGUUCAGUCUCGUAGACUUUAAAUGUGUGGCAGUCCUGGGCCGAGGACACUUUGGAAAGGUGCUCCUGGCUGACUAUGAAAGUACUGGGGAGAUGUUUGCUAUCAAGGCCCUGAAGAAAGGAGACAUCGUAUCACGUGAUGAAGUAGACAGCCUGAUGUGUGAGAAGCGAAUCUUUGAGACUGUGAACAACGUCAGACAUCCCUUCCUGGUCAACCUGUUUGCGUGCUUCCAGACAAAGGAACACGUGUGCUUUGUCAUGGAGUAUGCGGCUGGUGGUGACCUCAUGAUGCACAUACACACGGACGUGUUCCAAGAACCUCGGGCUGUGUUCUAUGCUGCUUGUGUUGUCUUGGGAUUGCAGUAUCUUCAUGACCAUAAGAUUGUAUACAGAGACCUGAAGCUAGACAACUUGUUGCUGGACACAGAGGGGUACGUGAAGAUCGCUGACUUUGGCCUAUGUAAAGAAGGAAUGGGCUAUCAGGACCGCACCAGUACGUUCUGCGGUACUCCUGAGUUCCUGGCCCCUGAGGUGCUGACAGAGACGUCAUACACGCGGGCCGUGGACUGGUGGGGCCUAGGGGUGCUCAUCUUUGAGAUGCUGGUGGGGGAGUCCCCAUUCCCUGGAGAUGACGAAGAGGAGGUGUUUGACAGCAUCGUAAACGAUGAAGUCCGCUACCCACGAUUCCUCUCUACCGAAGCUAUUUCCAUCAUGAGAAGGCUGUUGAGGAGAAACCCAGAGAGACGUCUUGGGGCUGGUGAGAAAGACGCAGAAGAAGUUAAGAAGCAUCCGUUCUUUAGGAGUGUGGACUGGGACGGUCUACUGGCUAAGAAGGUGCGGCCAGAGUUCAUUCCCACCAUCAAGGGUAGAGAGGACGUCAGUAACUUUGACGACGAGUUCACCUCAGAAGUACCAAUCCUGACUCCGCCCCGGGAGCCCAGGGUUCUGACAGCCGAGGACCAGGAAAUGUUCGCCGACUUUGACUACAUCGCAGACUGGUGUUAGCCAAUUGCCAGCGUCCUGCUCCUCCUCAACACUACGAUACCCUAACCCUAACACUGUGAACUGUCUGUAACAGAGACCAACAGCAAUAUCAACACUCCCCCCCCCCCUAAGGAUAUCAACAACAUGUUGCUGCACUCUGUUCCUUGCUGCCUGUGCCAUGUCAGGGAUUGGCAAUUUUAUGAAGUUUUACUCAACUUUUUUUAUUUGUAUUUUUAACUGUCAAUUUGAGACCGCUAAGAGCCAUCAUUUAGUCUUGUCAGAUCACUGGGUCAUUCCACAUAAUCACCUUCUCAGAUCACUGGGUCAUUCCACAUAAUCACCUUCUCAGAUCACAGGGUCAUUCCACAUAAUCACCUUCUCAGGUCAUCUUCAGCGCUUUUUUUAUAUAUAUAUAUAUAUUUCUCUGAACAAAAAAAAAGGAUAGACUGAAAAUCAAGUUAAUAGCUUAUGAGGUGUAACUGUGGCGUGUAGAAACUGAAUUAUGGCCCAACAACAAGAAAUGUAUGAAAGGGCGUUACCACAUGGAUCAUUCUGACUGAUCUAGCAGGAUGUUAUUGCAUUUAUUUAAAAGUUGCCUUAAAUUGUGUUAACAUUAAACUGUUUAAGGGCUUUCAAUCAGUAACUAUCAUCAGGUACUAAAAAACCUACCAAAGCCAGCUGCCAAAAAAAUUCAGUCUUCUCUUCUCAAACUAUCUGCAUCUGACAGAACAGACCUUGGCCAAGAUUAGACAUUGAUUGGAGCACUUGAACCUUGUAAAGCAGUUUAACUCCAAUCGACAUUUACUCUUUGAUAGGUUUUCAGUUUUCCCCUCCUCUCAAACACAAUCAAUCCCCACCCCAUACAUCAUGUAUUGUGGUGUUGAACAAAAGAAGCUAACUUUUAGUUUUAUACUGUUUUAUAAGAAAGAACACUAUCACGUUGACUCUUGAUGUACAGUAUAAUCAUGUUUUACAGGAUGUUUGGAUACAGGUAUAUGGAGAUGCCGAGACGGGCAGCUCGUGAGAGACUGAGCUAUUUUCAAAACGGAAUGUAGAAAUAUAUAUAUGUACAAUAACAAAAGUGUAAUUGUUGUUGGCGUGUGACAUGUCGAAACAAGAAUACUUUUUUUGUGGUCAUUUUGAAAAGACAGUCCUAGUCUGGUGUUGUGUUUGCUCAUGUGUGGAAUGGUUCAUGAUGGUGUGACAACCACCUCUUCAGUAUUUUGAUCUCAAUUUUAGACUGUUUUUAAAUGUUCUAGGGCUCGAUGGCCAUUUUUUUUUUGUUGUUGUUGUUGUCUGUUAGCUGAAUCAGAAUGUCUGCUGAUUGGACCGUGCAUUGUCAGUCAUUUAUAAAACUAUGGUUCUGUGUGGCUAGCUCAUGUCAAGAAAACAUUUAGACCAACAUAUCACAAGUAAUUAAAUACAUACUUCAUAUAAUGGAA